GGGAGUUCACUCCUGCCAAUGGUCGAAUUGCUUCUCCGCUUGGUUGCGCUCCCCAUCAAACGUGCGGGAGCCAAUUAUAAGGCCCUGAUAUCCGAAGGAGAAAGGCCGAAAACCCUAACCAAACCCUAGAAGAAGUUUUCCGGAACCUUGUUGCCCAAGUAAUCGAUCCGUCUCCCUUUGGCUAUUGGCAGGCGCCUCUCGCGACCCCUUCUGGUAUUUUGAUCCUCGUUGCUCCGCCGAAGCUCGCGCUUUCGAUACUAGUAUCUAAAUCUUGCCGAUCCAAUUCCAUCAUGGCAACUCGUAUUCAAUUUGAGAACUCUUGUGAAGCUGGGGUUUUCUCGAAGCUGACAAAUGCAUACUGUUUGGUUGCAAUUGGAGGAUCUGAAAAUUUUUACAGUGCAUUUGAAGCUGAGCUUUCUGAUGUCAUCCCUGUUGUCAAGACCUCUAUAGCAGGCACUAGAAUAAUUGGGCGGCUGUGUGCUGGAAAUAAGAAUGGGCUUCUACUGCCACACACAACCACUGACCAAGAACUCCAACACCUGAGGAACAGUCUACCUGACCAAGUGGUUGUUCAGCGGAUUGACGAAAGACUGUCUGCUUUAGGCAAUUGCGUAGCCUGCAAUGACCAUGUUGCUCUUACACAUCCUGAUCUUGACAAGGAAACAGAAGAGCUCAUUGCAGACGUUCUUGGAGUAGAAGUGUUUAGGCAGACAAUUGCUGGAAACAUUCUUGUUGGGAGUUAUUGCGCUUUGUCAAAUAGAGGUGGUUUGGUUCAUCCACACACAUCCAUUGAGGAUCUUGAUGAACUUUCUACGCUUCUUCAAGUUCCCCUUGUUGCAGGGACCGUGAACAGAGGCAGCGAGGUCAUUGCUGCUGGCAUGACUGUGAAUGACUGGACUGCAUUCUGUGGGUCAGACACCACAGCGACUGAGCUCUCUGUCAUUGAAAGUGUUUUCAAACUGAGAGAAGAAGCCCAACCAAGCUCAAUUGUUGAUGAGAUGCGGAAAUCACUUAUCGACAGCUACGUUUAGGAUUUUAAGAUUAUUGAUGAUUUUUGGAUGCAACUUAAUUUGUCUCCUGGCUGCACUUAUUGUUAAGUGUUCGCUGUUAUGUUUCGUGUGAUGUUUAGAGCAUUGCAUGCACUGAUGCUGUUUAUGCAAGUUUCAACCCCCCCAAAAAAGAGAUUUUUUUUUAUGACA